GGGCGGAGCCGUAGGUUACAAAUACAGCCCCUAAAGACCACCGUACGCACUUUAUCUAGACCCACACCAUUAUCUGCACCUGAACAUCUGAACACCUACAGGAGACAGAAUGAGUCCCAAACACGUCAUCUACAAGAAACUCUCCCGAGACAAAUCUGUUGGCGUAUACAUGGGCAAACGGGAUUUUGUGGACCACUGCGACUCUGUGGAUCCUGUUGAUGGUGUUGUACUGAUCGAUCCAGAGCAGAUCAAAGGAAAGAAAGUGUACGUCAUGUUGUCGUGCACGUUCCGUUACGGUCGGGAUGAUAUGGAUGUGUUGGGAAUGGCAUUCCGGAGGGACAUCUUCCUGUGCACCCGGCAGGUGUAUCCUCCACUCCAGGAUAAAGAGUGCAGCAUACACUCCAAAAUCCAGGAGAGAAUCCUGCGGAAGCUUGGAGACAACGCUUAUCCGUUCUUCUUUGAGUUUCCAGAUAAUCUGCCGUGUUCUGUAGCUCUGCAACCAGCGCCAACCGAUGAAGGAAAGCACUGUGCAGUGGAGUUUGAGGUGAAGGCCUUCUGUGCAGAAAAUCAGGAUGAUAAAGCUCAGAAGAGGAGUUCCGUGCGGCUGGCAAUCAGAAAGGUCCAGUACGCUCCAGAUAAAGGCGGUGCGGCUCCAUCAGGCGAGACCACCUGUGAAUUCAUCAUGUCUGAUAAACCGCUGCAUAUGCGUGUCAGUCUGGAGAAAGAGACAUAUUACCAUGGGGAACCAAUCAACAUCAGUGUGGACAUUGACAACAGUUCCAACAGGAAUGUGAAGGACGUCUCAGUCUCAGUGGAGCAGAUUACUAAUGUGGUGCUUUACUCAAAUGACAAAUACGUCAAAACUGUGGCCUAUGAGGAAACUACAGACACUGUGCCACCUGGUACCAGUCUGAAGAAGGUGUACACACUCUGUCCUCUGCUGAAUAAUGAUAACCGUGAGAGACGCGGUCUCGCUCUGGACGGAAAACUCAAACAUGAGGACACUAAUUUGGCCUCCUCUAGUAUUGUAAAGGAAGAAGUUCUGAAGGAGAUUAUGGGCAUGUUGGUGACUUAUAGAGUGGUGGUAAAGUGUAAUGCAGCGGGUAUGGUUGGAUCCAGUGAGGUUGCCGUGGAGGUCCCAUUUAAACUCAUGCAUCCCAAACCUGUUCCAGGUGAUGAAGACACAACUGACCUGGUGUUCGAGGAAUUUAAACGCUCCUAUCUGAAGGGGGUCGUCGGCGAUGAUGAUGAAUCCCCAGCUGAGCCUUGAGAGAUGCAGAGCUGAUCAUGGAUGACACAUAUAGGUGUUUAAACAUUUAUUUAGGCAUAUUAAUAAGCGUUUAUGCGCAUGUUAAAGUUUGUAGAUGUUGCAGCACGCCUGUAGUGUGUGUUAUUGUUUAGUGUGUUUUUGCUCACUAUAAAAAAAAAAUAAUAAUCUUAUUUUAUAGUUAAUUUGAUUAAAGGAUUAUAGGGUUCCCAUACCUUUAGACCACGACUUUUGCUCACAAAGAGCAAUUUCUAGCUGAUAAAAUGUUUUAAAGCUGUAGAAAUGUUAACGACUUAAGAUUUUAUUAAUUUACAUUAAAUCUUAGCUACAGUUUGGCCUGGAAAUUCCAUGUUUACCAUAUUGUGGGAACCCUGGGGAUAAUAUUACAUAUCUUAUAAAUUAAAAGUUUCUUUUGACACGGUAGACAAAAAUAAAACAAUUCCCUUAAAAUAAAAACUUAGAGAUAAGUGUUCCAAGUGUGUACUUUUUUUAGUUUAAAAGCUUCUAAGAAAGCUAAAACUAUAUAUCUAAAGCUUUCAGUAUGUAUUUACCCAUAAACAUACUUCUGUAUAUUGAAGAGUCACAUUAUGUACUGUAUGAACUGAAUAGCAAAUAAUUUGCAGUGUACCUUUAAAGAUGUCUUUUCUGUCCUAACAUUUUUGUCCCUGUAAACUUUACCUUUGAGCUUAGAAAUAAAACAGCCUGUAACUGCA